UAAAUAUAUAGAGGGAGGGAUUCUUAUCACAAGCACUCGCAUUAUUGCCCUCAAAACAACAAACCGAUUCUUCUACGGAUCGCAUUCAUUGCCUCUGUUGAUUCUUGUCCUUGAUCUUCAACUGAGAUUCUUUUUUCUUCAAAAAAGGAAAAAAAAGCAAUAAGAAUCACAAAAGAAAAAGGAAAUAAGAGAAGGUGAUCGAUUGAAUGUAUUAGUACUCCGUAAUUGUUUGACAAUUUUUUUUUUUGUGGUGUAUGAAUAUAUUGAUGAUUGAAUGGUAGUGAGAGGAGGAAGUGGAAGAAGAUAGAGGAUGGAACAGAAGAAGCACAUAUUAUUAUCGGCAAUAGGGGUGGGGGUAGGUGUGGGGCUUGGUUUGGUGUCAGGACAAACUGUUAGCAGAUGGAGUGGGAUCAAUAAUUACUGUGACAAUAAUGGUUGGGCCACGGCGGCGCCCGAUGGCAUUACCGGCGACCAAAUUCAGCUCGAGCUUCUCAGGCUCAUUAUUCCCGGCAAAGACUCCCAAGUCUCCUUUGAUGACUUCCCUUAUUACCUCAGUGAACGUACACGGGUGUUACUCACAAGUGCAGCCUAUGUUCAUCUAAGGCACUUAGAUGCGAUUAAGCAUACCAGAAAUCUUUCUCCUGCUAGUAGGGCCAUAUUACUUUCUGGACCUGCUGAACUAUACCAGCAAAUGCUUGCCAAGGCCCUGGCUCAUCACUUUGAUGCGAAGUUGCUUCUGCUGGAUAUUACUGAUUUUUCUUUGAAGAUGCAGAGCAAGUACGGUACUGCAAAAAGAGAACCGUCGUUCAAGAGGUCAAUCUCAGAGUUGACAUUGGAAAAGAUGUCCAGUUUGCUUGGUUCCUUCUCAAUCAUUGCAAAUAGUGAGGAUAAUCGAGGUACAUUAGCUAGGCAAAGCAGUGGCUUCGACAGUAAAUUAAGGCACACAGAAGGAGUAAACCAUUCUCUAAAGCAUCGCAGAAAUUCCUCUGUCUCUUCAGAUAUGAGUAGCAUUAGCUCCCAGUCAUCAUCUUCAAAUUCAGCUCCUCCCAAGCGCAUCACCAGCUGGUGUUUUGAUGAAAAGAUUUUCUUACAGUCACUGCACAAGGUCUUGGUUUCAGUCUCUAAAAGUAGCUGCAUCAUUCUAUACAUCAGGGAUGUAGAAAGGCUUCUUCUCCAGUCCUCCAGAUUAUACAAAUUGUUUGACAGAAUGUUAAAGAAAUUAACAGGAUCAAUCGUGGUACUUGGUUCCCGCAUGUUGGAUCCUGAAGAUGAUUGUGGUGACGUGGAUGAGAGAAUCAGUCUUUUAUUUCCCUAUGAUAUUGAGAUUAGACCUCCUGAAGACGAGACUCAUCUUGUGAGCUGGAAAGCUCAAUUGGAGGAGGACAUGAAAAAAAUCCAGAUUCAGGAUAAUAAAAAUCAUAUUUCUGAGGUACUUGAAGCAAAUGAUCUUGUGUGUGAUGAUCUAGGAUCAAUCUGCCAAGCAGAUACAGUGAUUCUAAGUAAUUAUAUAGAGGAAAUUGUGGUUUCUGCAAUAUCUUAUCAUCUGAUGAAUAACAAGGAUCCAGAAUAUCGCAAUGGGAAGCUUCUUAUAUCAUCUAAGAGUUUGUCCCAUGGCAUGAGUAUCUUCCAGGAGGGAAAAGGUGGUAAAGACACUAUCAAGCUGGAGGCAAGCGCUGAAUCUUCCAAGGGUCCUGAAGGGGAGGAGAAUGUUGGCUUGAAGUCUGAACCAAACCCCACAUCCGAAAACAAAACUGAGACUGAAAAAUCAGUUCCAAAGAAGGAUGGUGAAAAUCCACCUGCACCGAAAGCUCCUGAUGUGCCUCCAGACAAUGAAUUUGAGAAACGUAUAAGGCCUGAGGUUAUUCCUGCAAACGAGAUUGGCGUGACAUUUGCAGACAUUGGUGCUCUGGAUGAGAUUAAAGAAUCACUUCAAGAGCUUGUGAUGCUUCCUCUCCGAAGACCAGACCUCUUCCAAGGGGGUCUUCUAAAGCCUUGUAGAGGCAUAUUGCUCUUUGGGCCUCCUGGUACUGGAAAGACAAUGCUGGCAAAGGCCAUUGCGAAUGAAGCUGGAGCAAGUUUCAUAAAUGUAUCAAUGUCAACAAUUACUUCAAAAUGGUUUGGUGAAGACGAAAAAAAUGUCAGAGCUCUUUUCACACUUGCAGCAAAGGUUUCUCCUACCAUCAUUUUUGUGGAUGAGGUUGAUAGCAUGCUUGGCCAGAGAACCAGAGUUGGGGAACAUGAGGCUAUGCGGAAGAUUAAGAAUGAGUUCAUGAGCCAUUGGGAUGGCCUAUUGACUAAGCCUGGUGAAAGAAUUCUUGUUCUGGCAGCAACUAACAGGCCAUUUGAUCUUGAUGAAGCAAUAAUUAGGCGGUUUGAACGCAGGAUCAUGGUUGGUCUUCCUUCUGUGGAGAGCAGAGAAAUGAUCUUGAGAACUCUUCUGUCAAAGGAGAAGGUAGAAGACCUAGAUUUUAAGGAGCUUGCAGCCAUGACUGAAGGAUAUAGCGGAAGUGAUCUCAAGAAUUUGUGCAUUACUGCGGCUUAUCGACCAGUGAGAGAGCUGAUUCAACAGGAGAGAAAGAAGGAUAUGGAGAAAAAACAGAAAGCUGAAGAAGGGCAGAGCUCUGAAGAUGCUGAUGAAGGAAAUGAGGAAGCAAAAGAAGAAAGCGUUAUUGCUCUGAGGCCCUUAAACAUGGAAGACAUAAGACAGGCCAAGAAUCAGGUGGCUGCCAGUUUUGCUUCCGAGGGUUCUAUCAUGGCUGAGCUGAAGCAAUGGAAUGAUCUAUAUGGUGAAGGAGGUUCAAGGAAGAAGCAACAGUUGUCUUACUUCCUUUAGGUCACUGGCUGCCUGCAUAUACAGACGCUUGUUACUUAAAUCCUUUCCUGUUUGGUGAUACUCUGAAUCAGCAGAAGGCUGGGGAACCAGGAAACCCCAUUGUCCCAGGAUAGCGCAGCAUGGAAGUGGUGAAAGCUGUCACCGCAAUCUGGCCGCAAUGAAUAACUCUUGAUCGCCCCAGAAGAAUUUGAAUAGGCACAAAAUUCUCCAAGCAUUUGGGUUGCCCUUUUGAAACCACUCUUGAAAGAGGAGAAAAGAAGAAAUGCUAACGACUAUGUUCGAUAUUGGCUGAACCACGUUAGCUCUUCGGAGUGGAGGAUGUUGAAGAUGUUCUUGUGUGGUUUUUUUGUAGGCUUGAGACGUGGGUUUUUGGUGU